AUGGUUGAAACCCAUUCCCCACCAACUGGAUUAACAAUUAAACGUUGCCCCUCGGCCAGUCCGCAGCACGAACAGCAGCAACAUCAAAUUUCGCCGCAUAAUAUGGCCACACAACAUUUGACCACUGCCAUGCUAUUGAAUUCUCAACAAUGUGGAUAUUUGGGCCAGCGUUUGCAAUCGGUUUUCCAGCAGCAGCAACACCACCACCAUAUUACCCAAUCUCAAACCCCCUCCUCAGAUGAUGGUUCACAAUCGGGCGCCACUAUCAUCUUGGACGAUGAUCAUUCUCCCCCGCAUUUACAGUCGCAACGGCUGACCCGUGAUAAUGCCGCCGCCUCAGUUGUACAAACAGCUGCCGCUGCCUCCAUAUUUAGCAUUGAUAGCAUUUUGGGUUCAAGAUCUCAAAAUCCAAAUAAUGGCAACAACAACAGCAAUAAUAAUAACAACAACAAUGCAAAUUUGAAUAACAACAACAAUCAUAUCAUUAAACGUUCCACCGAUUCACCCACCUCACCAAGUUCAAAUUCAAGUUCGGCGGCCUCUAGCCCCCUGAGGCCACAACGUGUACCCGCCAUGUUACAACAUCCCGGCCUUCAUCUAAGCCAUUUAGCUGCAGCGGCGGCAACGGGUUUUGCGGCGGCCUCACCUUCAGAUUUUUUGGUUGCCUAUCCCAAUUUCUAUCCAAAUUAUAUGCAUGCAGCUGCCGUGGCCCAUGUCGCGGCCGCUCAAAUGCAGGCCCAUGUUACGGGUCAUAAUGCGGCGGCAGCUGGAUUGUCGGCCCACAAUCAUCACGCCACGGCCCAUCAUCAUUUACAUCACAGCGCGCAUCAUCACCCCCAUCAUCAUCACCAUCAUAUGGCUGCCCAUUUGGGUCAUGGACCACCACCAAAACGAAAGCGUCGUCAUCGUACAAUUUUCACCGAAGAACAAUUGGAACAAUUGGAGGCGACUUUCGAAAAGACCCAUUAUCCCGAUGUGGUGCUGAGGGAACAAUUGGCACUGAAGGUGGAUUUGAAGGAGGAAAGAGUUGAGGUAUGGUUUAAAAAUCGCCGUGCCAAAUGGCGUAAACAAAAACGCGAGGAACAGGAGCGCAUACGCAAACUGCAAGAGGAACAAUGUAAUGGUGUAACGCAAAAUCCUGCCACUGUGAACAACGCCAAUCCAAAUGGUGUUGUCAAUCUCAAGUGUAGCCCUGAAGAUUUUGUAACGCAAUUGCAUAUAAAACCAGAUCCCAAUUAUAGUGAUGGUGAUGAAUCGGAUUUAGAAGUAGCAUAA